AUGGAGGGCUAUGUCCUAUUUAUUUCCGAGUUCUUCGAUAACAUCGUCGAGCAGCAAAUCUCUACGAAAAAUCCUCUCAUUCCUCUUCUGCUCCUACACAUCGGCCACAAAACUCUUCUUCACUUUCGUAUGGCUGCAUGUGGUAUUGGGGCUUCAGGUCUUAAGAUAAAAAACUUGGAUUUGGGUUAUGUUAGACCCAAAUUGAGCACAUUGCAGCCUUUCCUUGCUUUUAGGACUCGUAGUCCGGUUCGAUUUGAUGGUCUGGUGCUGUCACAGAGAUCAAAGAAGGAAUUAACUAGGUGGCGCAGUUUGACUUCAGAUGCUGAUUCAACGACUACUGCAAAUACUGAGGAUUGUUGUGAAGAAACCAAACCAUCCGGUGCAGUAAGCAAACUUAUUCCAAAAUCAUCUGAGGUGGAAUAUCUACUGACAGAAUUAUGUGACACAACAUCAAUUGCUAAGUUUGAACUUAAACUUGGGGGGUUUCGAUUACAUGUGACAAGAGACUUAUCUGAGCAAAGUGCACCUCCGCAACCUCCUGUUUCCGCUCCAGUCACUGCCCAUACGGUUUUUGAGACUCCUGAUUCAAAUGGUUCAGCCUCAUCACAAUCAUUGGCCCUCUCCAAACCAGCACCUUCCUCAGUUGGAGUUCAGACAUUGCUGGAUAGAGCGGUGGAUGAUGGCCUGUUGAUACUUCAAUCUCCGAGGGUUGGAUAUUUUAGGAGAUCUCGAACCAUUAAAGAUAAGCGGGCUCCUCCAUCUUGCAAAGAGAAAGACAUAGUGAAGGAGGGCCAGGUGCUCUGCUACAUUGAACAGCUAGGUGGUGAGAUCCCAAUUGAGUCGGACAUACCUGGAGAGGUGGUUAAGAUACUGCGACAAGAUGGUGAUCCCGUUGGGUAUGGUGAUGCUCUUAUAGCAGUGCUGCCUUCCUUUCCAGGAAUAAAGAAGCUUCAGUAG